UCCUCUUUGUCUCUGUAUAUGUCUCUGUCUUCAGCUCCAGUCAUGAUCUCCUUUUCAGCCUUGCUCCUUUUCUACCCAAGCCUCCUUCUCUUCCUGUCCUUCCACUCCCCUGUUCUCUCCUGUCAGAUUGGAACCCACAACCAGUGCAAGUCUGCUCCAUUCGUACCGGGACACAACCUGGUAGGAGAGGGCUUCAAUCUGCUCACCCUGCAACGUAAAAGAGCCUACGUUAUUGAUGUGAACACUUACCUGACCCCAGAAGGCAACUGUAGACUCUGCCCUAACCCACUGCAGGGCAACACUUUGCAGAAGCUGCCAGUCUCUGCAGUGGACUGGCGUGCAUUCAGCCACUGUGAUGAUCAUCUCAGAAGCCGUGUAUCCACCACUGCCAGAUUACUGGCUGCCCAUUUCACCUUCUCCAGCAACUUUAUCUGGCUCGGUCAACUAAAGUGGAAGGAGACCAUUGACCUGAUAGUGGGGGGAGCACAGUCUUCUGUGUAUAACUUUGCUGAAGCAAAGAGCAAACUCGACCGCUACACCUUCAGCACUCACACAGCCACCUGUCGCCAUUACAGUUUCCGUGUGUCAAACAGUCCGCCCCUCAGCUCUGAGUUCAGUAAAGAUAUUGAAGGACUGCCCAUGCACUACAACCCCUCAACCAAGGCCCAAUACAGAAAGAUAAUAGGGACCUAUGGCACGCAUUAUAUCAGCCAGGUUGAUUUGGGUGGGCAGUUCAGGAGAGUCACAGCUACAAGUACCUGUUUGUCCAGACUGAUUGGCAUGAACAUUUACUUGUUCAGCCGCAUCCGUCGCAUUUGCAGCACAGAUGAGGACUACCAGGCUCAAGCCUCAGAUCUACUGUACCACUGUUUAUCAGGAAGCAUCAAUUUAGGCUUGGGGAAAGUCAAUGUGACAGCUGGACUAUUGGCUUGUAACAAAGACCUCCAGAGCCACAGCACCUUUGCCUCAUCCAGCUUCAGUUUCCAAGACCACAUGACUGAGGUGGUGGGAGGCAUCGGCUGGGUGGGGGAGUUUUCACUCACCCACAAUGACUCCCUGGGCUUCAAAAACUGGCUGAAAACUCUCAAGGAUCACCCUGAUGCUGUCAAGUAUUCCCUGAGACCGCUGUAUGAGCUGGUGCCACACUGGGCACAGAAGGCAGGACUGAAGGCUGCCACAGAAGACUACUUAAAAGAAAAUGCCAUCAGCACACCCAAACAAUCUUACUGCCAGCGUCAACCUAACCUGGACCACAACUGCUGCCCGUAUCAGGCCUGGAGAGGAACACUGGAGGUGACCAUCAUUCGAGCCUGGCGUCUGAAAGGAGACAGAUGGGGCAAGACUGAAGCGUAUGCCAAGAUAUUUUAUGGCUCCUUCCAACAAAAAACUCAUAUGAUCAGAUCGGACUAUCCUUACUGGAACUCCCAUUUUAACGUGGACCAGGUGGACACACGUUUGGGUCUGACGAUUCAAGUCUGGGAUGAAGACCGGCGCAGUGACGACCUUUUGGGAUCAUGUAUGAGGUACCUGACACAGGGGACGCACACAUACACCUGUCCAGCAAAGAGAGGAGGUGUGGAGAUACGGUACACUCUGACCUGCGACCGCCACUUGACUGGAGAAAAAUGUAACCUGUACAAACCAUCUCCACAGUGA